ACAGCCAAAGCUGGGCGGCGGCGGAUGCUGCUGAGAGAGUUGCGGGGAGUCGGAGGCGGUGGCGCAAUGGAGGGGCUGGAAGAAAACGGAAGUGUUGUCCAAGUUGGAGAGUUGUUGCCUUGCAAAAUUUGUGGAAGAACAUUCUUUCCAGUAGCAUUAAAAAAGCAUGGACCCAUUUGUCAGAAAACUGCCACUAAAAAACGGAAGACUUUUGAUUCAAGCAGGCAAAGAGCUGAAGGAACUGAUAUUCCAACAGUAAAACCUCUUAAACCUAGGCCAGAACCACCAAAGAAACCUUCAAAUUGGAGAAGAAAACAUGAAGAAUUCAUUGCCACCAUAAGAGCAGCUAAAGGCCUCGAUCAGGCACUUAAAGAGGGUGGCAAACUUCCUCCUCCUCCUCCACCUUCUUAUGAUCCUGAUUAUAUUCAGUGUCCAUAUUGCCAAAGGAGAUUUAAUGAAAAUGCAGCUGAUAGACAUAUCAAUUUCUGUAAAGAACAGGCAGCACGUAUUAGUAACAAAGGCAAGUUUUCUACUGACACCAAAGGAAAACCAACUUCUCGGACACAGGUUUAUAAGCCACCUGCACUUAAGAAGUCAAAUUCUCCUGGAACCAUGUCAUCAGGAUCUUCACGAUUACCACAGCCAAGUGGCAUUAGCAAAACUGUUGUAGGUACACCUUCAGGUAAAGUGCCUUCAGUUAGCAGCUCUUUGGGAAACAAACUUCAGUCCUUAUCUCCUUCUCAUAAAGCUAUAGCAACUCCUCAGGCAGGUAAGAUGGACAAGUUAGGCCCUCCACUUCGAACUGGAAGACAUGUGCAAAGGUUGUAUGACAGUGAUACAAAAUCAGACAGUGCCAUCAAAAGACAUGACUUAUUACCCAUUUACAAAGCUAACAUCAAAUCUCGAAAUACCACACCACCUAGUUUGGCAAGAAAUUCUGCCUCAGGUAUACUUACAAACAAAAGAAAAACAUAUACUGAUAGCUCCAUAGCCAGGCCAGAUAUAGACUAUGCAUCUUCAUUUAAUGGUGGAAACAUUAAAGGCAUUGAAGGAAAUUCAUCUGGACACUUACCAAAAUUCUGUCAUGAGUGUGGGACAAAAUAUCCUGUAGAAUGGGCAAAGUUCUGCUGUGAAUGUGGCAUUCGAAGAAUGAUUCUAUGAACAGAAUCCCAAAAGAAAGAGAGCCAGGUUGACAGUUUUAUGAUCAUUGCUGCUUGAACAGCUAGAGUAUAUCCUCUAGUUAUUUUGUGCAAAAACUAUUCAAAAUACCUUUUCCAGUAAGUUUUGGAGCAUAAUUCUUUUGCUGUAUAAUGUGUGUUUGUAUAUAUAUUUGUAUAUAUACUGUAUAUAAUAAAUACCUGAUACCCCAAGCUGUGCCAUUCAAAGAAAUACUCAUUAACCUUUCAGAAAAUUACUUCAGUGGAAUCAUUAACUUAGGUGUUGUUAAUGCACAUUCAAUGUACCUGCACAAAUUCUCCUUCUCUUGUGGUUGACCCCUCAAACUUUAGAAUAAUCACAACUUCAAGCAAAAAAUCAGAAUAAACAUUAUUGGUGCUAUCUGCAGAUAGUAUCAUAGU